GCUAGAGAUGGCUCUUGAAAAGGUUCAAAAGGAAUAGACAACUCUUCACCUGAGGCAAUGUGAUUAAAUCACCAAAGACUCACUGCUCGCAAAUCAAAAACACACUAUCUAUGAUACCUCGACACGGAUUGAUUGUUCUAUUACUGAGCAUCUUGUCACUUGGUUCAACACAUUUCGCCUCGUCACGCAGCAUGUGCUUAAAAUCAAACGACUGCUCGAAACAUUUCUGCGAGCACGAAUGUCUCUAUAAUGCAGCGUUGAACGGUAACACGCAACGCCUAGUGGAGCUCAUCCUCAACGGAGCCGACGUCUCGCAGACAUCGAUGCCCGGCCGACACCAGCUGAUCCACUUCACCGGACGGCCGGGAUGCGCAGAAGCCAUGAAAGCCCUGCUCGACGCCGGUGCCGAUGCUUCUGCAGUCUCUUACGACGGUCAAACGCCUCUGCACAUGGCCGCUGCCGACGGCGGAAUCGAGCAAGUGCGAAUGCUUAUCGAGGCCGGAACCAACGUCAACGCCCGUACCAUGGACGACGAGACCCCAUUGCACCAAGCAGCCAGGGCCGGAGAGGAGGAGAUCGCCAAGCUGCUCAUCGCUGCUGGCGCGGACGUCACCGCCAGAGACUGCUACGGACAGUCACCGCUGCAUCAUUCUGCUAGUCGUGGCCACCUCGGCGUGGUCCAGGUCCUUCUCGACGCCGGCGCCGACAUGAGCGCCCUCGACAACAAAGGAGACACGGCCGCCCUGCAUUCCCUCUCCGACGCGCCGGCCUCGGUCAAACUCAUGAUAGAAAAGGGCGCCGACGUUUCCGUCCGAGGCCAGGGCGGCGACACGCUGCUGCAUCGAGCGGCCUCGUUGUCGGCGGAGCUGAUAGGACUCUUGCUCGAGGCCGGCGCGGACCUCGAGGCGACGGAAGACGAAGGGAAGACUCCCUUACACGCUGCUGCGGCGUGGGGGGACGCCGAACAUGUCCGGAUCCUGCUUGCGGCCGGGGCUGAUAUGGGAGCGAGGACCAACGACGGCGAGACGGCGCUGCACUUGACGGCGGGGAGCCCGGAUGCCCUGUUCCUGGGGUUUGGACAUGAGUCUGAUGCCAAGGCUAGGGUCCUCCUCGAUGCUGGUAUCGAUGUGAAUGCGCGGACGGUGUCAGGUCAGACAGCCCUUGAUCGGGCGAGAGAAUGCAACCGCCCAGCUGUUGCGGAGGUGCUUCUUCAAGUAGCAAGUACAGAACCUUGAUAGACAUGGGACUGAUAUUACCUUGACCGUUACUGUACCUGACAAUCUGGGUUGAGGAAUAGAAGUUGGCCGAAUCCUUCCUGUUGUUUAAUGAAUGGGCCGCUUGAAUCCGUUUGAUGUCGUUCCCUUCGCUCCAGGACACAAAUGAAUCUUGCGAUGGUGGCUCACGUUAUUUCGAUGCAGACCGAAGUUGCCUUUGAAGUUGUAAUGAUUGAGAAUAAAUCAUAGCGGAUGAAUG